UCUUAUAACAUCCUGAUUCCUCCCCCCCCCCCCCCCGCGUCUAGAAAUACCUUUCCCCCUCUCUCCAAAACGGGGAAAGAGAAACAAGAGAGAGGAAGUGUGUGUGUGUGGUGGUGGUGGGGAAGCUACUGAGAGGACAGAAGCAAGACACCGUUUAAGAGAAGAGGUGGAAAGGCUGAGUUUAAAGAGAUCUAACCUGCAGCAGCAGCUCAGAUGAACAGUAGAGGAGUUUUGAUCGGAUCCCAGUAGCUUUCUGGGGAAGCCACCAGCCCAGCUGCUAGAAGCGUUUGAUCUGAUCCCAUAUGUCUGCUGGGGGAAGCAGGAACCGGCAGAGACGUUUGAGCCCAAAUACCUGCUUAUAAGAACCAGUAAAGGAGUUUGACCUGCUGGGGAAGCCGCCACGCUCAGCAGAAAGGAAUCGGCGGAGGAGUUUGACCUGAUGCCGGGUACCCUGCUGGAGAAGCCCCCGAGAAGCCCAGCAGCUCCAAGAGGAGUUUGAUCUGAUCCCAGAUGCCUGGUGGAGAAGGCACCGAGCCCCGCAGACAGGGGACUUUGGUGUGAUCCGAGCCCCCUCCCUUUCCCCUGUGCCCCCCUUCCCCUGAGCGGUAAUGACCCUGUCAGGCGGCAGCAGCACCAGCGACAUGUCCGGCCAGACCGUCCUGACGGCCGAAGAUGUGGAUAUCGACGUGGUGGGAGAAGGGGACGAAGGGCUGGAGAAGGACAGCGACGGCGAGGCCAGCAGCCCGGCCGGGCUGCCCCUGGAGGAGGCGGAGGAGCUGCUGCUCCCCAAGGAGGCGGGGGCAGGAGGGGAGCGCAGCGGCAGCAGCAGCCCGGCGGAGGCCAUCCCUAGCGGGGCGGCGGACGGGGGCAAGGCGGCAGGCGGCGGCGGGGUGGGGGAGGACGGCGGCGGCGGGGCCCUGCCGGGGCAGAGCAAGCCCAAGAACAGCCUGGUGAAGCCGCCCUACUCCUACAUCGCGCUCAUCACCAUGGCCAUCCUGCAGAGCCCGCAGAAGAAGCUGACGCUGAGCGGCAUCUGCGAGUUCAUCAGCAACCGCUUCCCCUACUACCGGGAGAAGUUCCCGGCCUGGCAGAACAGCAUCCGCCACAACCUCUCGCUCAACGACUGCUUCGUCAAGAUCCCCCGCGAGCCGGGCAACCCGGGCAAGGGCAACUACUGGACGCUGGACCCCCAGUCCGAGGACAUGUUCGACAACGGCAGCUUCCUCCGGCGCAGGAAGCGCUUCAAGCGCCACCAGCAGGAGCACCUGCGCGAGCAGACGGCGCUCAUGAUGCAGAGCUUCGGCGCCUACAGCCUGGCCAGCCCCUACGGCCGGCCCUACGGGCUGCACCCCGGCGCCUACCCGCACCCGGCCGCCGCCGCCCUGCAGUACCCCUACAUCCCGCCCGUGGGGCCCAUGCUGCCCCCGGCCGUGCCCCUGCUGCCUUCCAGCGAGCUGAGCCGCAAAGCCUUCAACUCCCAGCUCAGCCCCAGCCUCCAGCUGCAGCUCAACAGCCUCAGCGCCGCCAGCUCCCUCAUCAAGUCGGAGCCCAGCAGCCGGCCCUCGUUCAGCAUAGAGAAUAUCAUCGGAGUGUCGGCCACCAGCUCAGGGAGCAGCGCACAGACUUUUCUCCGGCCCCCGGUCACCGUCCAGUCCGCCCUCAUGGCCCACCAGCCGCUGUCCCUCACCCGGACCACAGCAGCCAUCGCUCCCAUCCUGAGCGUGCCUACAAACAUUAUCUCGGGACAGUUCCUGCAGCCCGCAGCGUCCGCGGCAGCCGUGCAGGCAAAAUGGCCAGCCCAGUAAUUAAGAACUACCCCGGGCUCAGUGCUGAUUCUUUGCUUUUUUAUUAUUAUUAUUAUUUUAUAUCCAUCUAUCUAUAAAUAAGAGACUCGGGGAGGGGGCCGGAAACACCCGACCUCUCUUCCUAUCAAUCAGAGACAAAACCCCUGGACGCUAACAAAAUCAAAUUAAAAACCUGCACUGUACAAGCAAAAAGAAAGAAAGAAAAAAAUAACCAGCCCCCUAUAUUAAAAAAAAAAAAAAAGCCAAACACACACACAAUCACACAAGGAAUGCUUUCUGUACAGGUAAAAAAAGAAAGAAAGAAAAGAAAUCCAAUCAACAUUUGUACAUAUUUGUAUUAAAAAGUAUUGACUUUACUUUUGGGGUUUUUAUUUUUUUAAAAAGGCAAAUAACAGUAGGAAUUAGGAGCUUUGAACUUUCACUUUUUUUGAAGGUUCUUACUCUCCAAACAGUUUUAUCUGAAAGAACAAAAAAUGUAUUAAAAAAGCGGGGAAAAUUUUAAAUAUUAAACAAACAAAAAAUUGGAGGGGAAAAGGACAAAAACCCAGUCAUUCUAUUAUAGAAGUCUGUUUAUAUAUGAAUGAAUAUAUGUAUUCUAAAUGUUAUUCCUUCGUGUUGUACACAACUUUGUAAAUAAAUUUUUAAAAUGCUG